AUGGCAGGCGGUGCCGCGAUUUCUACAGGCGGUUCUGCCGCCAACCAGCUUCUUCACCAGGAAGUUUGGUGGAAAAAUCCACGCCGAGUCAAAUUGAACCUAUGGAUUCUACUUCUCCUUAUUACCUCAUACAGUAAUGGUUACGACGGAUCGAUGAUGAAUGGUCUUCAAAUAUUGAUACAAGGGCAGGAAUCAUUCAACUAUCCCAACGGAUCGAUGCUCGGCCUGUUGAACGCAAUCCAGAACGUCGGCUCCCUGUGUGCGACACCUUUCGCUCCCUAUGUUUCUGACGGCAUUGGCCGUCGUUACGCCGUCAUUUGGGGGGCCUCUCUCAUGGUGAUCGGAUGCGUCGUUCAGACCGCUUCGCAAACUGUCGGGAUGUUCAUCGGUGCUCGGUUCUUGCUGGGUUUCGGCCUAACAUUCGCUGCUAACGCCGCGCCAAUGCUUGUUUCCGAGCUCGCCUAUCCCGACCAACGCGCGCAGCUCACCUCAGCAUAUAACUCCCUCUGGUACUCAGGGUCGAUUGUCGCUGCAUGGACAACCUUUGGAACCUUCACGAUGACUGGGACCUCGUGGUCUUGGCGCAUCCCUUCCGCUAUCCAAGCGAUUCCGUCUGUUCUUCAAGUCCUCUUCAUGUGGUGGUGUCCCGAGUCUCCACGUUAUCUAAUGAGAAAGGGGCGCGAGGAGGAAGCUCUCCGGGUGUUGGCACACUAUCACGCACGUGGAAAUGAGAACGACCCCCUUGUGCAGUUCGAAUUCAACGAGAUCCGCGAAGCCAUUGAACUGGAUGCCCGCGUAGCCCAGCAAGUUGGCUGGAGAACCCUUUUCUCGACCCCCGGCAACCGCCGUCGGUUGCGUAUCUUCUUAGCGCUUGCGUUCUUCAGCCAAUGGGCUGGCAACGGCCUAGUGUCAUACUAUCUGAACAAGGUUCUGAACUCUAUCGGCAUCACCAACGGCACAAUUCAAAACCUCAUCAACGGCAUAUUGCAAAUCUACAAUCUUGUCGUCGCCCUGGUUGCAUCUUCCUUGGUCGACCGAGCUGGUAGACGCCUGCUGUUCCUUCUUAGCAACAGUGGUAUUCUUGUCUUUUUCACCCUUCAAACCAUCGGCAUAGCCAGGUACAACACUGAUGGGAGCAGUGCCGCAGGGAAUGCGGUCAUUGCCUUCAUUUUCCUCUUCUACGGCUUCUACGACCUUGCUUAUACGCCACUCAUUGUGUCGUACACCGUGGAAAUUCUGCCCUAUCAACUGCGUGCGAAGGGUUUCACGCUGUUCAACUUCAUGGUCUCAUUGGCUCUGAUUUUCAACCAAUACGUCAACCCCGUUGCGUUGGACGCCAUUGGCUGGAAAUACUACAUUGUGUACGACUGCUUCCUUCUCUUCCAGUUGGUUUACAUUUGGUUCUUCCUCGUGGAAACGAAGAACCGCACUUUGGAAGAAACAGCAGCAAUCUUUGAUGGUGAUUCCGAUGUCGCCGAUCUUGCAAGCCGCGCAGCUCAUGACGCACACUUGGAUUCGCCUGUUCCAACGUCUUUGUCGGUAGAUAAGACAGACAAGACAGUAGAGAUUGCAAUGGUAGAACAGGCGUAG